AUGUUGGCCUUUUUGUUUCUUUUCUUUAACAUAGCGCAAGCCAUCGUGGUCUCAGGACCCUCGGGCCCCUGGUCUGUCUCACACAAAGUCGUGGAACUGACUGACGAGUCUCGAUGGGAUCCGUAUGCUCCUGAAGAUAGUCGACACAAGCGACGAAUUUUGACGUCGCUUUUUAUCCCUACUCAAAAAGAUCAGAAGAAAUGCCGAGGCGAAAAGAUCGACUAUAUGCCCCCAAGAACUCGCGGGGGCGCAGCCAAAACACUGGGACUUCCCAACACGACCUUUGAGGGGCUAGAGCUUGAAUUCUGCAAGGCAUCCACGAAGAAGCGGGCACCUCUUCCUAUUGUCAUAUUAUCUCCUGGUUUUAGUAGUAUCAGACUGCUUUCUAGCGCCCAAGCACAGUCGCUGGCCAGCCAAGGGAACGUGGUCAUCACAGUCGAUCAUCCUUAUGACGGUACUAUUGUCGAGUUUUCCGACGGCACAGUCGUGUAUGGAGCAAAUCCAAACGACAUAAAUGACGAAGUGGCUGAGAAGGGCGUUCGAAGCGAAGAUAUAUCUUUCCUUAUUGAUCAAAUUCUGGAGCCGUCUAGUAUAGGGGGCAUCCUUGACGGGUUUGACACGAGCAAGAUAUUUGUCUACGGCCACUCUCUUGGAGGUGCAACCUCGGCUCAAGUUGCUCUCAACGACGACCGUGUUCUUGGCGGUCUUGAUCUGGACGGGAAACUGUACGGAUCUGUCAGCGAAGCCGGCCUCGAUACACCACUCUUUGUCGUUGGUGCCGAUAGCACAGGGGAAGCAGCAUCAUACUUCAAAGGAAUCAUGGGCAAAGUCGACGCCGCAAAGAUGUUCCUCACCAUCAAUGGGACCGGGCACAUGUCCUUUGUAGACCUGCCACUGGUCCUAUCGUUGCUGGACUUUACUGCACCUGGUUUGGAGAGGGCAAUCGGAACCGUUGAUGGCAAGAGGAUCGCUAGCAUUACAGAUGAUAUUCUUGGGGCAGUGACGAGCUUUCUCUUCAAAGGAAAGACGCGACCUCUUUGCCAGCUUGAGGACAAGGUUGAAGAGGCUGUCGUGGUAGAGAGGGAUCUCAAGAGGGCCUGUCGCUAG